AUGAACAACAAUCCGGUGAACUGUUCACGGGACUACGACGCUGCAACCUCCACACCAUCCGAUGCAGAUUGCAGUCCCGCUCGCACCCACAACAACCCCACUCCUCACGCAGCGCCGCUGUCUCGAUCAGUCCCUCCGUACUACAGGGAGGUGUACGAGGCCAUCCGGAGUAAGAUAGAUGAACGAGUGCAGGUGGAGGUCUUCCAGAGGUUGCUCAGCAGAACAGAUCUUCCCAGUGCUGUGCAGGGCCAGAUUGCUGAGCAUGUUGACUACACUGAUGGAUUCUUAAGCAAGUUGUCCCUAUAUAAAGCACUGGCGUUGAUUGCGCUUGCUCAGCAAGGAAAGCAACCAAGCCCGAAACUCUUAGAGAACUGCAUACAAGGGUUCCCUAAGCCCCAACUUGGUGAGUUCAAGGACCUCCAGACUCUGAGGAUGCAGCCAACUCAGGAUAGCCCCCUCACGGUGUCCCAGACCCUGGGCAAGCUGCUUGCCAGGGAUACAGUCCAGGUGGAGCUAAUUCCUGAAAAGAAGGGUCUGUUCCUCAAACACGUGGAGUACCAGAUCACCAGCCAGCAUUUUAAGAUAUCUGUUUACCGGCGGUACAGUGAUUUCGAUGUCUUCCACGAGCUCUUGCUGCAGAGGUUUGCCUACAGAAUGGUGCCUGCACUGCCGCCUAAGAGAAUCCUGAAAGGAGUCCUGACCUCUAUGUCUGAGAGGGACUUUAUAGAGGGAAGGCGGCGUGCUCUGGGCCGGUUCAUCAACCUAGUGGCACGACACCCCUUCUUCUCCGAGGACGAACUGGUCAAGACCUUUCUCACCUUCAAUGGCUCGGACGUUCAAGUGAAAAUGCGUGAUGCUUGCAAGAAAAUGGGAGAUGAAUUCAUGACUAAUACAAUGGCAACUCUGGCAAAGGAAUAUCUCCCAGCUGAUAUCCAGGCCCAGUUUUCAUCAAGCAGGGAACUGAUCAGGAAUAUCCACAACAGCUUUCACAAGCUGCGGGACCGGGCAGAGAAGAUGGCCGAGCGCUCCAAGGAAAAUGCCACUGAUUUGCUAAUGUUUGGAAGGGAGCUCAGUACACUGGGCUCCGAUGGUUCACCCAUUCCCUCUCUGGCCUCAUCCCAAAGCACCUGGGGCAUUCUCCGUCAGUCUCUGAAAGGCCUUUCCGUGGAGUUUGCUCUGCUCGCCGACAAAGGUGCUCAGCAGGGGAGGAGAGAAGAGGACGAUGUUGUGGAAAAACUGAAUCUAUUCUUGGAUUUGCUGCAAUCAUACAGAGAUCUGUGUGAGCGGCAUGAGAAGGGAGUAUUGCACGAGCACCAGAGAGCGCUGCAGAAGUACGGUAUGAUGAAGAGGCAGAUGAUGAAUGCCACAGUGCAGCCCAAAGAGCAGGUGUCAGUGGAGCAACUGGAGUCUCGCAUUGUGCAGCAGGAGAACGCCAUUCAGACCAUGGAACUGCGGAACUACUUCUCCCUGUUCUGCCUUCACCAGGAGACUCAGCUCAUCUUCACAUACCUGCCCAUCACCUCUCACAUCCUGGGAGCCUUCGUCAACUCACAGGUCCAAGGUCACCAAGAGAUGGGUGCAGUGUGGAAUGAUCUCCAGCAGAAGCUUGGGUGUCUCUUCGGUGUCGAUGAACUGCAAUCCCCUCCUCUUACACCCAAGUAG